AUGGUCUGUGACUUCUUCUUUCCCCAACCAGGUGGGAUUGAAAGUCACAUCUACCAACUAUCGACCAAGCUGAUCGACCGCGGACACAAAGUCAUUAUCAUCACCCAUGCAUACAAGGGUCGCACUGGGGUCCGCUAUCUCACAAACGGACUCAAGGUCUACCAUGUGCCCUUCUUCGUCAUCUACCGCGAGUCGGCAAUGCCCACCGUCUUUUCCUUCUUCCCCAUAUUUCGAAACAUUGUCAUCCGCGAACAGAUUCAGAUUGUCCAUGGACAUGCUAGCUUGAGCUGUUUCUGUCAGGAGGCUAUCCUCCAUGCGCGUACAAUGGGAUUGCGGACGGUCUUUACGGACCAUUCCCUGUUCGGUUUCGCCGAUGCAGCUUCCAUCCUCACCAACAAGCUCCUGAAGUUCACUCUGAGCGAUGUGGACCAUGUCAUAUGUGUCAGUCAUACAUGCAAGGAAAACACUGUCCUCCGAGCGUCUUUGGACCCCCUGAUGGUCUCCGUCAUUCCUAACGCUGUCGUCGCGGAAAACUUCCGGCCUCGCACAGAGGACCGCCUCUCUGGACCGCAGGAGUCCCGGGCAGCUCCCACUCCCAUCGGACCGAAUGAUAUCAUCACCAUCGUCGUGAUUUCCCGUCUAUUCUACAACAAAGGAACCGACCUCCUGAUUGCUGCUAUUCCCCGCAUUCUCGCGUCGCAUCCGAAUGUGCGGUUUAUCAUUGCCGGCUCUGGGCCGAAGGCGAUUGAUCUGGAGCAGAUGCUGGAAAGAAACGUACUCCAAGAUAAGGUAGAGAUGCUUGGCUCCGUUCGCCACGAAGAAGUUCGCGAUGUGAUGGUCCGCGGUCACAUAUACCUCCACCCCAGUCUGACUGAGGCCUUUGGUACGGUUAUUGUGGAAGCUGCCAGCUGUGGCCUAUACGUUGUGUGUACCCGGGUGGGUGGUAUCCCUGAGGUGCUGCCACAACACAUGACCACUUUUGCGAAACCUGAAGAGGACGAUCUCGUGAUGGCGACCGGGAAAGCAAUCGCCGCAUUGCGUUCCAACAAAGUUCGCACCGACCGCUUCCAUGAUCAGGUGAAAAUGAUGUAUUCCUGGACCGACGUUGCUCGGCGGACAGAGCGCGUAUACAAAGGCAUUAGCGGCGAAAUCAGCCCCGAGGAAUUCUACGGCUAUUAUCCCGGUCAGGGGUGGGAAGCCAGAGAUCGAGUCCGCAGCUUCGCCCUCAUUGACCGCUUGAAGCGAUACUACGGCUGCGGAGUAUGGGCCGGUAAGCUAUUUUGCUUGUGUGUCGUGAUCGAUUUUCUUCUAUAUGUUUUUCUGGAGAUGUGGUUUCCGCGAGCGAACAUCGAUAUCGCACGCAGCUGGCCCAAGAAGCUCAAUCAGGCGAACGAAAAUGGCCAACUCAGUAGCACGGAGCGCAACGAGCGAAAUCGACAUCGAUUCACUUCUUGA